CCUCAGGUGUAGCCUGGGUACUUGGUGCUGCUUUGAGUGUAUCUGUGAUUCUUAGUGCCUGAGCCCGGCGAAAUGAGAUCACUCCUCCUCUUUCUCAAUUCUGCCUCCUGCCUAAGGAUCCUGCUGCUCUUUCUUCUGUAUUAUGCUGUGAUCAGGCUUGCCAGAUCUGAGGCUUCUCCGAGGAAGAGGAGGCCCAGAAAGACAAAAAAGAAACCGAAAGCUUUUGGACGCUGUGAGGAAGAGGUGGAGGAGGCUGGUGCAUCCCCAGAGACGUGCUGCCCUGUGCCCCUGGAGAAGCUCCCCUUGGCUCAGAGCCUCUGGCUUCUUGAGAGGAGGCAACAGGACGUGGCCAGAUACCUGGAUGCAGUUCUGAUACCGCCGAGUGUGUCGACCUCUGCCACGAGCCAGUUCUCCUACUCCUCUAGGGAAUCCACCAACUCUGCCCUCUGGAGUCAAAGCUCCUUUUCCCUGAGAGAAGCCUCCAUCAUUAAGUCGGAGCCCCUCUGCCACACAGGGGAGAUCAUGCCCUUCGCGAGCUGGGAAGGAUCCACUCAUCCCAUCCAAGCCCAGCCUCUCCCCAGGCCUCCUGCCCACAGCAGACGAGACCGGGGAGAGCAGACCACGGGUCUGGACCAGACUUCAGUCCAUGGCUCAGACUUCAACAUCCGGCAGAAGCAUCUGCAGAGGCGACUGGGGGCUCCACAAACCCCCAUCCCGGGGGAGUCAUUGCUGGGUAAGCGGGACGCCAAUCAUCAAUUGGAAGUAGACACAGAUCCGCCCAAAUGUGGAUUUCCAGCAAAGGUCCCGGAGCCCCUCAGAUCCAACACCAGCCCUCAGCGUGCACAGGAGAUCCAGGAGCCAUGUGUCUGCCCCUGGGGACCCCUUCCCCAAAAGGCCCAUAGGAUCAUGGCAUCCCCUGAUGCCAUCCUGGCCAGGUUUGUGCCCACAGCGGUAGUCAAGCUGCAGGAUCACGUGGCUCAGAAAUGCUGGCAGAUCCAAACGAAGGCCUUUCCUAAGAUGGUGCGAGAGUCGCACAGAGAUGUUCCCCUCCGGAGAGAGACUGCCCCGCCUGGGCCACUCCACCCCCCUAAGGAGCCAGGCAAGCACAGAACAGCGGUAUUCCCAACGAUGGGACAACAUCCUUCCCACCCCGUCGAACUCCACAUAAGGCAUCAGCAUCCGGUCAUGCAGAGGGGGCUGCUCACCCUGGACCCAGAGCCCCCGGCAAAGCUGCCUCACGCCGUCCCAGCCAGGGGAGCCCGUGUGGAGUUCAGUGAGAUGGAGACCGAUUUCCUGCAGACGGGGAGGCGAAGCACAAGCUCCUCUUCUUCCACACGUCCUCCAACGCCAGUGGAAGAUACCACCAUGGAGACGGGCAGGAAUGAUGGCGCGGCAGGAAACCAGACUAACCCAGAUCGCUGCACUCUGCCAGCAGGGAUGGGUCUGACAUCGCCACCUCCAGGAACCAGAGUAGCAGAGAAGACACUCGUAGCGACACUCCAGAUUUAUAGGAGCGAGUUGAGAAAGCACCUUAGCAAUGCUGCACACGACCUGCAGAUCAAGCAGCUGACGGAAAUGUUGAGCAGCUCCCGCCCCUUGGUGGGCCAGGUCUCAGUUUGCCAGCAGUGCCGCAAGGCAUAUCUAGGAAAGAGGAAGGGUGAGAAAACUCCAAAGGAGACAUCUGCUGAGCUGCAUGGUGUUCGAGACAUCAUGCAUUCACUGGGCCCGGUAAGCAUGGGCUAA